AUGGCAUUUAGGAAAGCACAUGCCAACCACAAUAGGUCCAUGCUCCUGCAGGACCUGGAGAGCAAAGAGCCCACGUCAUUGGACCUGGAAUGGGACAUGGAGAAGGAACUUGAAGAGCCAGGCUUGGACAGCUUCAGACCCGUAUGUGUGGACACACGGUCUUUUGAAAACCCCUCCAGUGUGGGAAUGAAUCCAGACCAGGACACCAUUCAGCCCUCUGUAUCCCCCCACGGGCGGUUCGAGAGGCUGCAGGAGGACCCAAAUUAUGUUACGCACUUCAGUAGGACUGGACCCAAAGAGCACAAGAUGAGUGCGUCCUGCAUAGCCAAGUCCCUGCUGGCUGGGACAGGAGUCUUCGUUUUGGGACUGCUGAUUGGUCUUUAUGCACAUGGAACAAAGGAGCAGACGACUCCGCCCAAAACAAGCUCGGAUAUAAUGGAAAAGGUUUUACAGAGCAUCACAGCUGAGAAGAUCCAGGCAAUAAAAAGAAAUUUUGACUCCCUGUCUGAGCUCAGCGUGGAGGACCGAGCAAACCACAUUGUCCAGUACUGGAAAGAUAUUGGCUUAAAGACUGUCCAGCUGAUCAAUUACACUGUCCUCGUCGGUUCACCUGGACCCUCCCCAAACACUAUUACUGAUAUGACCGAUGAGAAGUGUUACCUGCCCAGUGGAGGAGACUGUAACACCAAGCUUAAUGGAGACGAUGGGUUUGCCUUUGCAGCCUACUCAGCUGGAGGAAGUCUAAAGGCAGAAGUGGUGGACGUGCAGUACGGAAGCUCAGAAAAUUUGAGACGGAUCAGAACUGAGAUGAAUGUGACCAAUAAAAUAGCUUUGCUGAAACUAGGACCCACACCCUUACUGUACACACUUUCUCGUAUUGCUGAAAUGGGCUUUGGUGGCGCUCUUCUCUAUGUGGAUCCUUGUGACGUACCUGAGGAUCAGCAGAUCUGGAGAAAAAUAUUUGGGGUGUCUUUAAACCCAGGAGGUGAUCCUAGCACUCUGGGCUACCCCAGCACAGGUGGCAGCUUCAGGGAUGAUCGUCACAACCUGACGUCCUUGCUGGUUCAACCAAUCUCUGCUGAGCUGGCGAAACUGCUCCUAUCUGCGGUCAGCGUCGGUCAUGGCCAGCCUUGUGUCCCUUUACAAAGGUCUUCAGCCUCAGGAACCAAGAUUAUAAAGCUGCACAUUAAAUCCCAAACCUCCUAUAAUACUGUGUAUAACGUCAUUGGGUACCUAAAAGGAAGGAGUAAUCCAGAUCGAUACGUACUGGUAGGUAGUCCCCACGACAGCUGGUUUGAGGGUACCCAGGCAGACUGGAGUAGCGGCGCUGCGGUCAUGACUCAGAUCAUAGCCUCCAUGACAGCACAGGCCCGUGCAGGCUGGCAACCCGACCGUACCACCGUCUUCUGCUCAUGGGGAGGCUCUGCACUGGGAAACAUCGGCUCCUUUGAGUGGGGGGAGGAGAACAGGGUGGUUCUAGAAAGCCGGUCAGUGGCCUACAUCAGUCUGCACAGUCCAGUUAGAGCACUCGGACCACAAUCUACAGCAUCACCAUCGCUGCUGCAACUUGCCUCCGACAUAAAUAAGAGACAGAUAAAGAGUUGCCAUCAUGUUGAAGGUUGUUCCAGCCUAAACAUCAGCUCAGUUCAGUCUCCAGUGGUCAUGGACUUCUUCACCAGUCAGCUCGCUGUUCCAACACUGGAGUUUACAUCAUCCGCCAAUUCGUCAGAGAGAACUCAUUUCCUGUCGGAGGCUUUUUUCCCCUUCGAGCCGUCAUUAGCAGCGACCUUGGACCCCACCUUCAGACUCCACGAGACGAUUGCAAAGAUGAGUGCAGAGGCAAUUAUGCGACUCGUUACUGAUCCUGUCCUUCCAUUUUCCCCCCUGGACAUAGCGCUGGACAUUCAGAAUAACCUCAAAGAUGACCUGUUAAUCAGGCCUGAUCUUCUGGCUGCCGCAGCCACUUUCAGAGAAAGUUCUGGCUUCUUUCAGUCAGAGAUCAUGCGACCAGCCAACGACCCAAAGGAGCGCGACCCUUCCCAUGUGCGCAUGCUGAACGAUGUGCUGCGAGACCUGGAGAAGAGCUUCCUCGUUCCAAACCCACCACCGGGAAUUUCACGGAAUCUUCUUUAUGGCUUAAAUAAGAGAACAUCAGGCUUUGCUAUCUUGAACGCUGUUAAGGAAGAGCCCAAACCAAGUCAUGUAAAUCAUUCUUUAUCUCAGGUGUUCAGCUCCAUCUGCUCUGCUGGAAAGCUUAUCGAAAGUGGACUUGAGCUCUUUGAGUAUGAUUCAGAUGACUCACGAUGA